GUGCUCAGUCAGCGGCUUCCCAACACAACCAUGAGGCUCGCAGGCUCCCAUUGCGCACUGUCUUCACAAUGAGUAGCUAUCUACAGCAGGUUUCCUACUUCCUCCGCCUCCCGUUCCAUAUCCAAUGGCGCACCUUCUUGGUCCAAUUGCCGCGAUACGUUCCCCUCACCGUACUACAUAUUACGUCUCCGAAGGGACCACACCCCUUUGUGAUUGCGCUGCCGAGCAGGAAGAACAAUGGUACGGUUCCUGUCUACGUCUUUUCCCCUCCCCAGCCAGUAGACCUUGGUGAUGGCGGAGAGGCAGGCGGAGCGGAAGGUGAGUGGAAGGUUCCUGUUAUCUUAGACUUCCACGGCGGGGGAUUUAUCAUGGGAUCUCCACUGGAGCAAGCACCGUACUGUUCGAUGAUGAGUAGGGAGCUUGGAGCGGUUGUCAUCAGCGUGUCCUAUCGCAUCGGCCCGUUCCAUCAGUUUCCAGCUGCGAUCCACGACGCCGAAGAUGUUCUAUCUGCUAUAUUAGACACGGGUGGAUUAUCAAAGGCUGGGAGAGUGCUACGGACAGAGAUACAGCGGCACUACUCUAUUUUGCGGCAAGAUGAGAGGAAACAUGGACGUCAUGGUCUGGGCGAGAAGACCACCAUUGUACUCGAUCCGACACGCCUAUCCAUCUCUGGCUUCUCUGCUGGCGGAAACAUCGCUUUGAACAUGGCAGUCUCAGUACCACCGUGUGCUGCUCUACUAUUGCCUAUGUCCCCCCGCCUGACUACCGCGAGGUCUACCACAACCCCAUUGCCAAGUGAUCCCUUCUCACCCCUUAUCCCACCCCCCUGCGCUCCGACAUAUCUAGACGACCCAUGCCAACCAUGGCCAUCACUCCUACUAUCAUCUGAAGCACAGCCGCGAUUGCUGCCCCUUCUUCUCUUUUACCCCUCGCUCGACGCACGUCUACUUCCUCACGAACGACCCGCAAAGCCCAUGCCCAGUGCCCUCAAAGGAAAUGACAAGACGCCAUCAAAGCCAAAAGCCCCAGGUCUCUUCAGUAUCCUGGGCCCGACCUAUCUUCCCAAAAGACUCCGUCCACACCCCCGCGCAAGCCCUGGUCUUGCCGACCCCUCCGAUAUCCAGAAGAACGCCGCCAUCUUCCUUGUUCUACCUGAAAAAGACAGCCUCGCCGUCCAAAGCGAUGUCUGGGUCGACAAGAUGAAUUUAUCAGGCUGGAACGGUCCCAUUCGGUUCGGUGAUGGGCGGGCUGGGGAUUGGAACGGACAUGAAGGCGGGCUGCCGCUCACAGCGCGGCAUGAGAAUGGGGGGCUGGAAGUGUGGCAUGCGCCAAGAUGUAGACAUGGUUGGACUCAGUUCCCGGAGAUAGUGUUGGGGGAUCAUGAGAAGAGGGAACGGGAUCUGGGGUUUACUAGGGCCCUGGAAUUUGUGAAGGAGAGCUGGAGGAAGACAUUGCCGGUCUCGGAAUUCGAGGAUAGGAGUCAGAGUAUUCCGGCUCUGAAGAUUCCUCCGUAGUGCAUUAGCUUUGCGCGUCUGAGCAGCAGUUUGCAGGGUUCGAUCUGGUCAUAA